AUGACCCAAGAACCUAAUUAUGUUUUUAAAAUAUUAAUGAUUGGAGAGUCAAGUGUUGGUAAAACAUCAUUGGUGAAAAGAUAUUGUGAAGGAAUGUUUCUAGAAGAAAUGAUGUCAACAGUUGGUAUUGACUUUGAAUUUAAAGAGCUAAAAAUUGGAGAAACUCUUGUUAAAUUACAAAUUUGGGACACCGCUGGACAAGAAAGAUUUCAUAAUGUUACAAGUAGUUAUUUUAGAGGGACUCAUGGUUGUAUUAUUGUUUAUGAUGUAAAUAAAUUAGAAACAUUUGAAAAAUUAAACUACUGGAUAGAAGAAUAUCGUGAUGAACAACCAAACUCAGAAAUUAUUAUUGUUGGGAAUAAAAUUGAUAAAGAAAUGAAAGUCCUUGAAUCAAAUGCUAUUCAAUUUGCAAAUACAAGAAAAGCACGUCAUUAUUUAAGUAGUGCUAAAACAGGACAAAACGUUGAAGAAAUAUUCCAAGACUUAGCAGAAUCAAUUUUACAAAAUAAAAAGUUAAUUGCUUUACUUAAUGAGGCUAACCAAAUAACUACCAUUUCUCCUAUUCAAGAAAAUUCUUCUUGUUGUUGA